AUGGAGGAACGGAUCACGAAGUUCAAUCGUGUCUCUGGAGUGGUACUCUCGUUGAUGACAGGUGCAGUGUAUGUGUAUGAGAACGCGGUGUAUCUAGAUAUCUUGAACCGGCUGCCGGCAGACACUGCAGCUGUUGCAGCACUGCAAACGGAGAAUGCUUUUUAUUAUUCGUACUUCCAGGAACUUGUGGACACGGAGUCCUUUGCAGAUGGGUUAAGUCGAAUUGUCUGGGACAGGCGGACGGAGUACCCAGACACUUUGAACGCGAUCCGCCGAUUCAAUAUUUACCAGGAGAUCCUGCUAGCUCUCGAGUUCCGCUUUUUGCGUGGCUUCGGGUUGGAGCUGCCUCAUCCCUUCCAUUUCUUUCGGAUGCACAUCAUCCUGUUGAAUGGACUGGGUCAGGCUACCCUGGGCCUGCUUGCAGCGGAAAUCUCUGGAAAUCCUCUGGCUUCAGUGGGUUGUUAUUUGGCCUCCUUCCUUAACCGAUUCCAAACUAGCCGCUUGGGUAACUACACUAGCUCAGAUUUGCGAGAGCUUUGGGGCAUUCCACUCCUCUGGGUGCAGUCGUACCUGGUUUGGUGCGCGCUCUUGACAUCCUACAAGGCAACAAUGCGCCGACGCUUGCGCGUUGGCCUGGUACUAACAACCUUCGCCUUCAUCAUCUCCUGGCAGUUCAGUCCGUUCCUCCUGCUCUUGCAGGCAACGGCCCUGUACUUCGUCUGCAUUGUGCUGGGCUUUGAGAGUAUUCGGCCCACUCUGGUUGAGAUCCUCAACGUGUACGGCUUGUCCUUAGCAUUGGCAGUGUGUGCACACUUCGGAAGCCCGUACUUGCUAACUUCUCCUUUCUUCUUCCAGCUCGUGGCCCUGAAAGCAUCUACCUCCGUCUGCUGCUGCCGCUCCCGUACCCAUCGUGGUUGGCUGUCGUGGAUAGCUCGACGGCUAGCGCAUGUUGCCGAGGGCCUCAUCGCAGUGGUCGUAUUCUUGCUAGUGCGGAAGGCCUUAGCCCCCUUCGCAACUGCAGACACACAUGUCUACGAGAUAUUGUGCACGAAGGUGUCAACAAUCAAUGACAUGCUGCCAAAGCGCAUGCAGCUGUCUGCUAGCCAACUACCAGCUUGUGCUGAGCCAAGCUUCAAUGCAAACUUGUAUCUCAUCAUGGGCGUGUUCAAAAUCUUGGAGUGGUCGUCUGCCGAAGUUUACAUCAAAACCACCGCAGCACCGGCAGCUGCAGGGGCCAUGGUACUUAUCAUGAUUCGGGCUGUGUCCCACCGCCUGGGUACGACAGGCAAGGCCAAAAUUGAGGACACACCCGAGACAGCUUCGGGUGCCGCGCAGAAGGACGUUGCCGCCGCCACCAAAAAAAAGAAAGAGGAGCCCAAAGCCGGGCGUGGUCGAGCUGGGUCAAAGUCUGAGACACCACUCGACUCCUCCUCUCCUGUACAAGUGGAGGCUGAAGAUGCCGCUUUGUUGUUCUUCGUGGUGCAGUUCCUACUCUUCAUGCUGCUUGGCAGUUUGGUGAACCGCCUGCGCGUGGCAUUUGGACCGCCUAUGAUGGUGUUGGCAGCCGCGGUCAUGGGUCCACGGCUGGUGCCUGUUUUUCUCCAAAGCGCGUUCCCGAAAAGCUUGGCAACACUUCUGUCACUGGCAUGGCUUGCACACAUGUGUUGGAUGGGAAGCAUGCUUCCUUGCAUCACAGCGGAGGAAGGCAUAUGUCAGCACAUGGCAGACAAGUUUUCCAACGAUGGCGAUUUGGUAGACCUGUAUGACUGGAUCAACAAUGUUGUUCCGGCGGGUACGCCUGUGCUGGCCUCUAUGAACUUGGCGGGGAGCAUGAGGGCAUUCACACAUGUACCCAUGAUUAUCCACCCGCAGUUUGAGUCUGAGAAUCUUCGCAAACGCGUGCAACGAGCCUACGAGCUGUACAACUGCGGCUCCGAGGAGUCCUUUGCGAAGACCAUGGAGCAGUUGAGCGCCAAGCUUGUUAUCUUCGAGUACUCGCGGUGCUUCUUCACACCAUACAACUUAGACGACAAGAGGAAGAACUGCAAUUCGAAGAAACACAAAACAGAAGACCUGAUGUGCAUGAAGCUGCACGCGCGGUCCAGGUUUUUCAAGCUGAUGUUCAUGAAUGGCAACUAUGCCGUCUUUCGAUUGCGAAAGAACCCUCUGAGAACAAACCCGGCUCCUCGUGCUUCGGACGUGCAGAGCUGGCUGGAAGAGGCGGAGACUUGGAAGGACUAUGUGCAGACCUGCGAGAAGACUCAAGGCCAACAUUGUGGGCCUCGGCUGAUGGAAGCUGCUGCUCACUUCCAUCACGGCAUGAAGAAGCCCAAGGUGGCGGCCGAGCUGCGAAAGUGGGCCCUCAAGACGUUCCCAGAAAAUGGCUAUGUGAACUUCUACCAAGCAAGGUUUCUGGAUGUGGAUGCCAACAGGCCGCAGGAGGCCAAGUCGUUCUACGACAAAGCCCUCAGCCUGCUGCCGAACAAUGUGAAGGUGCUGACAGAAGUCAUUCUGUUUUACGACCUGGCGCUCCAGGAUUCCAGGUUCUCGGCCUCCUUCGUCGAGCGCAGGUCAAGACCAGGCAAGGCUGGUGAAGCUCCGCUGCUGAAUCUCGCUGGCCCGGGGGCCGGUGUCUUGAUGUGUGAAGCUGCCGUUGCCGCCAAAAACGGCGGGCACACGACUCUGAGCAAGCAGCUCUGGAACCGAGCCAGAGAACUUUCACCUCUAAGCCAGUGCGUGAAGAACAAUUGGCCCAUUAUAUAUGGCGAGAAAAGCCAGGAAGACAACUCCCACAAGUUGGAGUACACCCCCUGGGCAAAAGUCAAGAUGGUGAUUGCUGGUGGUGUUGGCCUGGAGGUUGGCCCACAUCACCAGACAAAUGCACGUUUCUUGGGAAGUGAGACGUUUGUCGUCUGGCCUCCGGCGAACAAGACGAUGUGGUGA